UCCAAUCCUCUUCUUCUCCUUUCCCCCUCUUCUCGUGCUCAUCUUCCUCUCCUCGCGUGCUUCCUCCUCCUCCUUCCUCGGCGAGCGUGUUGGUUGAUCCGUGAGAGCGGCGAUGGCGGCGACGGCGGCGCAGGCGGUGGCGGUGAAGGGGAGCGUGGCGGUGCCGCCGUGCGGGAGCCGCGGCCGGCGGAGGGGCGCCGUGGCGUCGGUGCGCAUGGCGGCGGCGGCGGCGACGUCGGCGUUGCGGAUCGGCAGGAGGAGCCCCUUCCUCGGCCGGAGGCUGGCGGUUGGGCCGAGGAGAUCCAGGCCCGUGCCCCGGAAUCUCGUCGCGCCGGUGCAGAUGAAUCUCGCGUUUGCGAAAGCCACGAAGUGGUGGGAGAAGGGAUUGCAGCCCAACAUGCGGGAGGUCGAGUCCGCGCAAGACCUCGUCGACUCCUUGACCAACGCCGGCGACAAUCUCGUCAUCGUCGACUUCUUCUCCCCUGGCUGCGGCGGCUGCCGUGCCCUCCACCCCAAGAUUUGCCAGAUUGCAGAGCAGAAUCCGGACGUGCUGUUCUUGCAGGUGAACUAUGAGGAGCACAAGUCUAUGUGCUACAGCCUCCAUGUUCAUGUUCUUCCUUUCUUCAGGUUCUACAGGGGAGCUCAGGGCCGGCUCUGCAGCUUCAGCUGUACUAACGCAACUAUUAAGAAGUUCAGGGAUGCGCUUGCUAAGCAUAAACCAGAUAGAUGCAGCCUUGGCCCAACUAGGGGGCUCGAGGAGUCGGAGCUAUUGGCGCUGGCUGCGAACAAGGAUCUGCAGUUCAACUACACCAAGAAACCAGAACUGGUUCCUAGCGGAGAUGCCGCAGCUGCCCAGGAAUUGGAUCGUGGAAGCACAAAGCUUUCUCCACCCGCAAAACCAUUGGUCAAGCAGGGCUCUGAAGAGAGGUCCUUGGUCUCAUCAGGCAGAUGAGAUGAAAUGAGAUGAGAUGCUGGUCUGUAUGAUCGCAUCCCUCAAUUCUGUACAGUUUCUUGAUUGUUCUUGAUGUGUACAGGUUGUGCCUUAUGGUUGAGUGCAGGCUAAUAUUUUUUAUUGUGAAGCCUGCCCGUUCAUCUGCAUGUAGCGUAGCAGCAAGCAGUAGUAUCAGCAAGUGUUGUAGCCUUGUAGGCAUGUAGCAAUGCCAGGGAUUUGUAUGGGUAGCUGUAUGAAUUCAUCUAUAUUUUGCCUAGUUGUGUGACCUUUGGAAAAUUUCUUUUGUGGCCUACUUUCUGCUUUCAAGUACAACUGUUACGAAUAA